AUGGUGGGGAUGUCCAGCCUAACACUGCUCACAGCAGGCCUGACACCACAGCUGCAGCGAGCUGUUCAGGGCCAUGUCCGAGUGAGUCGGGGUGGUCCCCAGGAAUGCAUACCCCCUUUAGUGGACCACAUUAGUGACCCUGCACAGGACUUCCUCCAGUUUGUUGUUACCUCCCUUCUACUGGAGGGCACAACAAACUUUAUGGCGUGUCCAGUAAUUAAUGAAAGUCAAAAGCAGCAACUGGAAUCUGCGAGCUACUCCUCCCGCUAUGCUCUGGGACUUUUUUAUGAAGCUGGUACAUGGAUUGAUGUCCCCUGGGCUGCACAGUACAUCACCGAUAAUCCCUGCAUACGCUUCAUCUCCAUCGAUAAUAAGAAACGCAAUAUAGAGUCUCCUGAAAUUGGGCCCUCAGUUGUAGUUCACACAACUGUGGCAUUUGGAAGCGAGCACCUAGAUUCAGACCCUGCAGAGGUGCAGCAGUUAAUUCUCAGUCACCUGGAGAGGAUUGUGCCAUCCCUACCUAAACCAGCCAGCGUCAAGUGUCAGAAAUGGAGAUACUCUCAGGUUACAAAAGCUGUGCCCAAUUGUUUGGGACAAAUGAUUCUUCAUACUCAACCUCUCCUGAUUUGUGGAGGCGAUGGAUUUACUCAUUCCAACUUUGAUGGCUGCAUAGAUUCUGCUAUGAGUCUUGCAGAGGCUGUGAAGUCUCAUUUAUAGCAAUUUCAAAGUUGACUGCUAAACUUAGUCUAGAUUUAUGAUGAAUUUUACUAUGAUGGAUCGAUUUCUAGUUUAGUGUUUACAUUGCUGGCCUCUAUCUUGCAAAAA